GCAGUAGCCUACCUUAAACUUCUAAUUGCCCUUCGUUAUAGCCUGUGGCACAGAGCUACUGGCUCUUCUGUUCAGGAAGAUGUUGAGAGCUGUGUUUGCCUGCUGCUUCACGAGCCCUUGUAAAUACACACACACGUACACACGCACUUUCUCUCUCUCACUCCCUCUAAUACACAUGCAUUUACACACUUCGGCAUAUUUUUAGAAUAUCUCCUGGAAGACUCUCGCUGUUCUGCUGGGUAUGAUUGUCUGAUGUUUUUCUUACCAGGUGGACUAUCAGCUGUUGAUCCCUCUGCUGACAGUAAAAACAGAUAUGCCAAUUGCUCGCUGCCAUUAACAAUGACCAUGACCCUUCAUACCAAAAACUCUGGAGUUGCCCUGCUGCACCAGAUUCAAGGCACUGAACUGGAGACUUUGAGCAGACCUCAGCUGAAGAUUCCCCUGGAUCGGUCGCUCAGUGAGAUGUACGUGGAGAGCAACAAGACAGGGGUUUUUAACUACCCAGAAGGCACCACUUAUGACUUUGGCACUGCCGCUCCGGUGUACAGCUCUACUAGCCUCAGUUAUGCCCCGGUUUCUGAAUCAUUUGGGUCCAGCAGCCUGGGAGGGUUUCAUUCCCUGAACAAUGUCCCUCCAAGCCCCAUGGUAUUCUUACAAACGGCUCCACAGCUCUCACCCUUCAUCCAUCACCACAACCAACAGGUACCCUACUACCUUGAAAAUGAUCAGAGCAGCUUUGGGAUGAGAGAAGCUGGCCCUCCAACCUUCUACAGGCCAAGCUCGGAUAACCGGCGACAAGGGAGCAGGGAGAGGAUGUCCAGCACCAGUGAAAAGGGCAGCCUGUCCAUGGAAUCCACCAAAGAAACCCGUUACUGUGCUGUGUGCAAUGACUAUGCUUCAGGCUACCAUUAUGGAGUCUGGUCUUGCGAGGGCUGUAAGGCCUUCUUCAAAAGAAGCAUUCAAGGGCACAAUGACUACAUGUGUCCUGCUACUAACCAGUGCACCAUUGACAAGAACAGGAGAAAGAGCUGUCAGGCCUGCCGGCUGCGGAAGUGCUAUGAAGUGGGAAUGAUGAAAGGUGGGAUCCGAAAAGACCGCAGAGGUGGGCGUAUGCUGAAAUACAAACGUCAAAGAGAGGAGCAGGAUGCCAGGAGUGGAGGGACUACUUCUAUUGAGAUGAGAACCCCCACCCUCUGGACAAGUCCUCUUGUGAUUAAGCAUAGCAAGAAGAACAGUCCAGCUUUGACCCUGACGGCAGAGCAGAUGGUCAGCGCCUUGCUGGAAGCUGAGCCGCCCAUAGUCUAUUCAGAGUAUGAUCCUAACCGACCUUUCAGUGAAGCCUCCAUGAUGACCCUGUUGACCAGCCUUGCAGACCGGGAACUGGUGCACAUGAUCAACUGGGCAAAAAGGGUCCCAGGGUUUGUGGAUUUAACACUCCAUGAUCAGGUACAUCUACUGGAAUGUGCCUGGUUAGAGAUACUGAUGAUUGGCUUAGUCUGGCGUUCAAUGGAACAUCCAGGAAAACUCUUAUUUGCACCUAAUCUAUUACUGGACAGGAAUCAAGGGAAGUGUGUAGAGGGCAUGGUGGAGAUCUUUGACAUGCUGCUGGCCACUGCUGCUCGGUUCCGUGUGAUGAAUCUCCAGGGGGAGGAAUUUGUGUGCCUUAAGUCAAUCAUCCUGCUCAAUUCAGGUGUAUAUACGUUUCUUUCCAGCACCUUGAAAUCUUUGGAAGAGAAGGAGCAUAUUCAUCGUGUUCUGGACAAAAUCACAGAUACAUUGAUUCAUUUAAUGGCCAAGUCAGGUCUCCCUCCGGAUCAGCAACACAGACGACUGGCUCAGCUCCUCCUCAUACUCUCGCACAUCAGGCACAUGAGCAAUAAAGGGAUGGAGCACCUAUACAACAUGAAGUGCAAAAAUGUAGUCCCCCUUUAUGAUUUAUUGCUGGAAAUGCUAGAUGCUCACCGAUUGCAUGCCCCAGCAGCCAAAAAUGCUGCCCCGAUGGAAGAAGAGAAUCGGAGCCAGUUGACAACUGCAUCAACUUCAUCACAUUCCUUGCAGUCCUUUUAUGUAAACAGGGAAGAUGAGAAUUUGCAAAAUACAGUAUGAGCGUUCCCAUGUUAAAAAAGCCUACAAGGUUCUGAGAAUCCCAACAGCAUACUACCUAGUUCAUACAUCACUUUAGCUAAAUUGCCACACACGUAAACACUCCAAUAGGCACCAGUGAUUUCCAGUCUGAGUGUUCAUUGAUCAUUUGCUAAAACCCUUAAUGGAAGAGGUUUUGUUAUUACGGAUGGCCUGCAAGGAUGGGAGGCCAACUUAAUUUGAAAUUUGCAAUGGCUCUUAUUUACCCCAUGCAUUAAUUAGGGUGAGGAUUCCUGUAGCCUUUAUCAGCCCAAGAUUUUGGCUUUGUUGACCCUUUGCUGAGAAUCAUUUGAGCCUGGGCCCGAGUUGAAUUUAAGUAAUUGAUGUUUCCACUGAAAAGUUCAGUGGCUCCAGGAUGAGCCAUAAGGAAGCCCCACUAAAGACUGCCUAGUUACAUAGCUCAGAUCUUGGUAGAUUCCAUCCUGUCAUAUUCGUAUGGUGACAAAGUGCACCUUUCUGAAAGUAAUAUUGUUUUAAGAUUUCCCUUACUGGCUGACAUCAGCAGAUGUUUUUCCCCCUUCAUGAAUGCAUUGAAUUUAUAUCCAGUUGCAGUUAUCUCACCCAGUGGCCACGCUGGAUCGAAUGCACUUAAUCUUCUCUGAUCUGAGUCCUGGGAUGUGUAGUGCUUUGAUGGCAAGCCAGCUGGGAAACAUGUGUGCCUUUCUAUGGAUGUAUGCCAUUGCCUUUAAUAUUAAUAAGUGUUGUCAAACUCUAUUCAACUCACCCAUACAUUCAUUUUGAGGAAGCUCUAUGGCUUGUGUUAUACAGGAGGUCAGACUACAGACUAGAUGAUCACAAUGGUCCCUUUGGACCUUGGAAUCAUGAAUGCAUGUAAUUCCCAUUGACACUAAUAGGAGUUUAAACCACUUAUGAAGGGCAUCUAAUGAAGACGAAGAUAAACUGUAAUCUUCCCUGUACUGGGUACCAUUAAAAAUUAGGCAUUUGCCACCCUAUCUAGUUCAGUUGAUUGCCGUAUCUCACAUUCUAAUGAAAGGGAAUACUGCAAAUAUUGCAAUAAAUGACUGUUUCUAAUGGUCCCCAUUGCAACAAAAGUAGAACUCCUUGUAUGCUGAUAAACAACUUGCAGUAGGGAAGAACAGACAUAAAGAGGGACAGUACAAGUUUACGCUGCAAGCCAAAGGCAUGUGCAUCUUAACUUCAGAGGGAGUUAGUGGGGGGGAGGGGAGGAUGUAUAUAUCAGAACACAGACGUUAGUUCUAAAUCUACAGGUAACUACUAGCUGCAUGUGUUGUAUUUUUUCAGAAUCCCUAGGAAGCUGGUGAGCUCUCAACUUGUGAAGUGCUUUCAUCUCCUCUUAAUUCCACAGCCCUUUUGCUAACGCAUAUCACUAGUUUCAUUUCCAGUAGCCUCAUUUUUUGUGUGAAUAUGAUAAAGCACUUGUCUUUGUGCUUAUGCAGAGAAAGCGUUGGUAUUUCUUUGCAAUUCAUUACCCAAAGACCGUUGGGGGCUCCUAAGUGCCUUGUUCAAAAUGCACACAUUUUUAUUUUCAUUUUGUAGCAAUUUUUUCGUGUGUUGAGAAAAUCUUGGUGUACUGUAUAUUAUUGACACACAUAAGCAGAGGUGAAGAUCCGAAUGGGCCACCGGAAACCUUGUAUCUAAGUUUAAAAGACAAAUGUCAACCCAAUUGUAGCCCAGAGCUGCCAGUCAAAUAUAGUAUGUUAACAACUUCCAUGUUCUUUAUGAUAAACUAGACAGAGCUCCUCUAAACUUCACAUUAUUUAAAUUAAUGGCUUCUUCCUUGGUUCUCCCAACAAAUAAGUACACUGGGUCAAACUUAAUCCUUGGAUGAAUUUAAAUAAAUGAAUGUGGGCCAUGGUUGGCAACUGGAAACAGAGGGCCAGAUUCUGAUACUUUACCCAGGGUGAGUAGGACCGUCAGCUACAAAUUGUCCCACUGAAGUCAAUGAGCCUGCAUGUGGGAUAAAGUGCUACCCAACAUAAGGAAGGGUAUCAAAACAUGGCCGAGACUAUUAAAAAUGAUUUGACAAAUAGGGGUGCACACCAGCAACUUGGGAUUCUUUGUUAGCCUUGGCCUUUGCAAUAAGACCUCAUUUAGUUCAAAUGUACAUUGUAACAAAAGCAGUGGGAGCCGAAGAUUGAAAAAUAAUGAUUUCCCACAAUACAUACGUUUAACUGGAGGCAGUGUCUGUGAUCAACAUCAUUAACUUGUUCAAAACUUAAUUUUUUCUUAAAAAAGCACCUUAAAUAAUGUUAUAUAUAAAAGAUGCAUUGCUCACAUAUCAGACAAUUGAAUGUAGCCAUUCAGUAAACCCAGCUGACAAAGUCUAUAAUACAUAAAACAGCAUAUGUUUUCAUAUGCUUUUGAGGUACCAUAUCACAUAUGUAGUUAUCUGUGCCUGAGGCUAACUGGUUGUUAGCUUAUAUGAUGAUUAUAUUUCAUAUAUACUUUUAUAUUUGCAGUAGAGAAGCCAGCACUAACUGAGAUACCUAGUGCUGGACAUGAAAAAGAAAAAUAAUAUCUUGUAGAGACUAUGUUUGAGAAGGAAAAAUAUUCAGGGAAGCUAAUUAUGCUUUUACCAAACAAUAAUAGAGCAGAUGAACUUGCUUUGCAUAGCAAACCUGUUGCCAUUCAAAUAACAAUCACUUUAAGAAGUUCAGGGCACACGUGAAGGUAGUAAUAUGAACUUGCUCAUCUGAUGAUAUCUGGGUUUCCAACGGAGUAUAAAAGCCACUUCUUGUUUGUAGUGGACUUGAUCUUGCAGACUUUGUCUCAGGUAAAACUCCUAUGAAAGACAACAGGAGUUGUUCUGAAGUAAAAAUCAAACAAACAAAAAAAGCAGGAGCAAUUUCUUGGUGUGUGUGGUGACUUUACUGUUACGUUGUCAGUGACAUUUCCUGAUUUUUUCCUUCUCGUACAUUUAUGAGAUUGGUAAAUUAGAAAACUUGUCACUAUGGAAGAAAGAAGGAACAGCUUACGUUUCUACUGAUAAUGCAAGGUCAGUGUGUUUUGCAGUGGAAGCGGUAGGUCUCAAACUGGAGUCAUGAUCCAUUUCAGUAAUUGAUUAUUUUAAUUCUUAAAGAUCUGGGCCAAAAAUGAAACCAAACAUCUGAGAAUUAGAACUGUUUCCACCAAAAAUCCUGCCCCACUGAAGUCAAUCUAACCAUAGACUUAAAUGGGAACAAGAUCUAUCCCUGUUCUUGUACAUAUAUCCUGCUUUUAAAACUAGGAUGCAUCCCAAUUUAAAACUAGCAGGAUUGUGUGGAUGCAAACACUAAGAUAGUGACAGCAGAAUUAGUGUGAUCAAUUAUUCAGCAUUACGUCAGCUAUUUUGAAAGCUAUUUACAAAUAUAUUACAGCUUUACAAAACUGAAUAUUUUUCUAUUUAUGAAGUUAAGGCCAGGUCUUAAUGCAUAGCAUGCUUA